AUGACGAGCGUGUCAUGUCACGCUGGACAUCCGGAACACUGCAUCACGGAAUGGCAAAGACGAGGCUUCUCAUAUGCGCUGCUGUGCACAGAGCGGCGGGAUCUCGUCCCUCUCACCAUCCAGUUAGCUCCAUUGCAACGUUGGAGGCAGCCAGCACCGUACUGCGCACAACAGCGGAUCUCGUCCGCCGACACCAGUGGAUCCCUGGGCAAAGCAGCCACCCGGCUCUUCUAUGGAGCGCUGCACAGACGCAACUUGAGUCGUUGCCAAGAAGAGCCUGCUCCAACUAACCACUCGGCUGUCGGACCAGCUGGCAAGCAGUCACUCUCAAGGAAUCGAAUACAAACUUCCAGUCGAGCUCUCUUGGGCGGGUGA